GAUUUGAAGCAGCAGAAUCAGUAUCAGGUGUUUGAGCGACAGCUGGAUGAGAGUCGCUGCAGUGUCCUGGAGCUUCAGAGAGAGAAUGCAACUCUCAAGAAGCAAUUAAAGGAGAGAUCAGUGCAGAAGAAUCCCGAAGUCAAGGAGAAAGAAGAGGAAAGCCCUGAGUUGAAGAAGAAGAGAGACGCCCAGCUCGAGGAAGAAGCACAACGUCUGAAGGAGGAAGUGGAGAAGCUGAGGGUGGAGAUGGAGAAACUGGAGGAGUCGCAGAAACUCUGGGAGGAGCGGAAAGAGGAGGAUGUGAAGGAAGAGGAGGUGGACGAGGAGAAGAAGAAGGAGCGGGAGGAGGAGAAGAGGAGGGAGGAGGUGGAAGAGAUCCGGAGGGAGCACAAGAGGGAGAUGCAGAGUCUGGUGUCCGAGUACAGCAGCGCGCAGACGCACCUGCAGGCUCGAAUAGUGGCCUUGGAGAACGAGCUGCGUGAGCGGGAGGAGCGGUGCAGGAGGAGGGAGCCACGGUGUGACGACCUGCAGUUGGGGAGACUCCAGGAGAGACUGACAGAGAGAGAGCAGCUCAUUAAACGAUUAGUGGAAGAGAGGCAUCAGCUGCAGCUCCACCCUCCCGUUGCCGGGGACAGCAGCACCCUCAGGCUCCGUGACAGCAAGUCCCGCCCCGGGAGCGUCACGCCAACCAUGAGGCUGUUCUUCAUGUGUUUCACCUGA